CUAACAGUGUACAACACACUGUAAAACAUUACAACACACUGUAAAACAUAACACGCUGUUAAACGGCGCCCCCUAGCGGCUGCCUGUGGCGUUUUAUUGUUCUACUUUUAGAGAACUGAAAAUAAAUCUGUUGGAAGUUUGGAUCAGAACCGGCUGAGUUUUUCCAACCAGCUGAUGAUUAACGCAGCAGGAAUAGCUGAAGUGUCCAGAAAGGGACGGAAACACGCGGACCCGUCUGGGAGGUUCUGAGUCACCGGACCGGACCGAACCAGUCGGCUUCUGGGUUCGCCGCUGCUCUGCUCUCCUCAUGGACGCUCCGUGGGUCGGACGCUUUCUGGUUCUGCUGCUGGCGGCCGCCGCAGGUUUCUCCGCUGCAGCUGGCGGCUCCGGGGACGACGGCUGGUCCAUGGAGGUCCAGGCGGAGGUCCGGGGGAUGGACGGCUACCCGGUGGUGCUGCCCUGCACCUUCAGCCACCCGCAGCAUUCCCAGCAUUCCUUGCUGCAGGUGAUGUGGCGGCUGGGCCACGGGUCGGCCGCCGCCGUCCUGUACCGCUGCACCAGCCGGCCCGGCGCCGCGGCCUGCGAACCCGACCCGCAGCAGGACCAGCGGUACCGCCUGGAAGGCAACCCGAGGGAGCACGACCUGUCGUUGCGCAUCAACGGCGCCACCCUGCAGGACAACGGCCGGUACUACUGCAGAGUGGAGGUUCAGGGGCGAGAACACGUCAGCUUUGAGAAUAAAAUGGGGACCAGGCUGCGAGUGGAAGCUCCUCCAAAGAUCCUGGCCGUGUCGGUGGAGGGCGGCGGUCCGGCCGGGUUUACCGCCGUGUGCCAGGUCCAGGGCUCGCCGCUGCCGGACAUCCAGUGGCUCGGCCCGGACGACCCGCUAGAGGGCUCCUCGCCGGCGCCGGUUCUGGGCUCAACGGGCCGGUACCGAACCGUCAGCCAGCUGAGGGACGUCCAGCCAGGUCAGCGCUACAUCUGCAGCGCCUCCAACCCGCUGGGCCGGGAGCAGGCCGCCCUAUUCGUCCUGCGGCCCCGCCCGUCGCCGCCGGCAGCCGGGUCGCCGCCGCUGCUGCUGCUGCUGGCGGCGACUCUGGGCACCAAGCUGGUUCUGCUGGUGGGCGUCGGGGCGUGGAUGGUGCAGGGAGGGGCUCUGCGGGGCGUCGGCUGCUGGAGGAAGUGACCUCACACUUCCCGAUCAGACCACUUGUUGUUCUCAUUACUGAUCUGAUCUGAUUUAAAGGGCCGGCAGCAUCUAAAUUCUUUAUUCACCAUUCCAUCAUGGUUUUCCCUGCAGGCUCACUUUGAUUCUUUCAUAAAUCCUUUCAUCUCCAUGGCAACCUCUCAGCUGCUGGACCUAGCCCCGCCUCCGAGGAGCAGCUCCUUCAGACUAGCCAGCAGCAAUUAGCAAACAGCUGCUGAGCUCAUGAUAGCAGCUACUGCUGGUGAAAACGUUGUUAAACAGAGGAGCCAUGUUGACUUCCUGGAGGCGGAGCUUCAGAAAGAGCUGAAGCUGUGGGCGUCUGUCUCUUUUAAAGAGACAGACGCCCAAAUUCAAGGUGAUAAAUCAGGAAUCUGAUACAUGCAGUAUUUUUAUAGUUAGUAGAUUAUGUAUAAAAUGGACCUGUGUGUCAGGAAAAAACGUUUCCACUCAUGACCCCAAACAGAUUUGACCUUUGACCCCGUUUGCUAACCCCAGACAUUGCUACAAAAUAUAUAAAGAAACAUGAACUUUUGGAAUGUUAUUGUAUUAUUCAGUAAUUUUUACGUUAUUACAUUCAGUUAGCAUUAAUGCUAAUCUCAAAGCUUCUGGUUUUAAAUAGCCAGGAGUUCAGAAAAUGAUAUCAGAUGAGUUAUUAUGACUUUAUUACCAGAUGAUACAUUAUUUCACUCCAAUCCUCUCCUUUGAUUAUAAGAAAAUAUGUAAUAUUUAAUAUUAAAUGUUAUUUUAUUCCCACAGUU